AUGGCUACCCCAAACUUAUCUGGUUCUCGCUCAAAAAGUAAACGCAGGCAUAUUGAUUCAGAUCCUGCAGUAUCUUCAGAUGAGGAUUCUGUACCACAUAUUGAUUCUUGGCCACGUUUUCUGGUUAUUGAAGGUGUUGAUGGUGAACCCCUCAAAAUCAACCCCUUUGUAGUAUCAAAAUCUAUUGAAGGAAUAUGUGGAACUGUACAAAAUGUUACUCGUCUCCGGUCCGGUUCAUUACUUGUUGAAUGUGCUCGGAGACAACAAUCUCAAAAUCUGCUCCAGGCACAUCAUUUUGCUGAUACUGAGAUUGUUGUCUCAGUUCACAAGACUCUGAAUUCCUGUCGAGGUAUUGUUCGCGACUAUGCGAAAUGCCUUUCAGAUAUGUCUGAAGAUGAAAUUGCUGCAGAGCUUAAAAAUCAAGGCGUUACUUCUGUCAAAAGAUUCUCUAGGAAGGAUGGUGAUACAUUCAUUAAAACGAAUACCUACCUUUUUACGUUUGCGCUGACAAAGCUCCCUUCUUCCAUCAAAGCCGGGUAUUUCAACAUCGGGGUGGAUGUGUACAUCCCCAAUCCACUCCGAUGUUUUAAAUGUCAACAGUUCGGACAUGGCGCAAAAUCCUGUCGCAACAAACAAGUUUGCUCCCGCUGCAGUCAAAACCAUGAUGGUACUGAGUGCACAGAAUCCAUCAAAUGUGCCAACUGCAGUGGUGAACACAUGUCCUUUUCAAAAUCAUGCCCCUCUUUUGUCAGACAAACUAAGAUUCUUAAAAUCAAGUACAGCAAUGACAUUUCAUUUGCUGAUGCAAAGAAAUUACUAGAGAAGGAGUCAUCCCCUUCGACUCUAUCUUACUCUGCAGCAGUUUCCUCUUCCACUCUCAAAGUCGAUCAUGGAAAAGCAAAUAAACAACAAAAGAAAAAGUCUAAGGCCCUUAAACACACUGAGGUGCCUUCUACAUUGACAGCCCCACUGGAGGUUCAUAACUCUUUUGAACCUCUAGAUAUGGAGGUCACUCCAUCGCUGCCAUUGCAGCAUAGAGGACCUUCCCCACGCUCCCGUUCUCCAAUUGAGCCUCCAUGA